AUGACUGAGGUAAUCCAUUUGGACCAGACUACCCUAAUCCAAAGAAAACUGAGGGUUGAAAAUGAAAAAAGUGAUACAUGCAUCAAUUUUAUCACUGGCUUUAGUCCUGCUACCAAACAAAUUGGGAAUAUACUUAAGAAGAAUUCGCAUCUCAUCAAAGGGGAUUUGACGUUACCGUUUAAUGAAACACUUCCACCUAGAGUGGUCAACAGGAGCGGAUGCAGUCUAAAAACACUUUUGAUGAAGACUGACCCUUGGCGCAGUGCCAAGACUUGGUUAGCCAAGACUAAGACAGGCUGCUUCAAGUGUGGCAGCUGCGUUACUUGGGUCUGUGGGCCUAUACCGUGGCUCCUUUUGCUCGGAGGGGCACUAAGUAUUGUCUACGGAAACAAACUGCAGAAAACUACAGAACUAGAUGUUGCAAAUCUCCACUUGCUAAAUGGAAUCAAUUACAAUGAAAUACGGAACUACCCUUUAAGCAGUGGGGGACAAUACCCAACAAGCUGCACUGCUUUAAAGGAGGGCAUCAGUGGUCUGUAUAUUGUGGAGCCACUCCCAGGGAAACGGAUAGUAGUACACUGUAAAUUAGGAUUGGCAGAUGGGGGAUGGACAGUAAUUCAGGCUAACUGUCAAAAAAAACCAAAACAAUGGGAUGCUUUAUGGGAAACCUAUAAAAAGGGAUUUGGAGACCCAAGAGGAGACCAUUGGCUGGGUAAUGAAUUUAUCCACUUACUAACUUCCCAACAGAUGCAAAGAAUACGUUUUCGAUUACGCACUGCCUCAGGACAAGAAGUUUUAGCCGACUAUGACUCCUUCUCCCUGGAGGGGGAAAAUAAAUGUUACACAAUUCGACUGGGAAAGUAUUCUGGUAAUGCUGGAGAUGCAAUGACCUCUGGAGUAAUUCAUGCAGGGCAUGAUAACAUGAAAUUCACCACAAAGGACAAGGACAAUGACUUGUCUGGUAUGAACUGUGCAAAUAUUGGUGGGGGAGGUUGGUGGUAUGAUAACUGUCGAUAUGCUAAUCUUAACACUGCCAAUGGUAUUUAUUGGCAGCAGGCUUGUAAAGGAGACUGCCAAGCUAGUGAGAUUCUUAUUCAGCCUGCACACAGUUGCCCAGAUGGUGGUGGAGAUGGUGGAGGAGAUAGUGGAGGUGGCGGAGAUGGAGGUGGUGGAGAUGGAGGUGGUGGAGAUGGAGGAGGUGGAGAUGGAGGAGGUGGAGAUGGGGGUGGUGGAGAUGGGGGUGGUGGAGAUGGAGGGGAUGGAGGUGGUGGCGGAGAUGGAGGAGGUGGAGGAGAUGGUGGAGAUGGGGGCGGAGGUGAUGGUGGAGGUGGAGAUGGAGGAGGUGGUGGAGGAGGAGACGGAGGAGGUGGUGGAGACGGAGGUGGUGGAGGAGGCGGGGGAGGAGGUGAUGGUGAAGUUGUUGAUCCAACACCAUGUGAAUAG